AUGGAGAAGCGAGGGCUGAACGAAGGUCCUCUCUUCAGUCAGAGGGCAAAGAGCAACCGGAUGCACAUCGGAAUCGCCGUUAGAUCAUCCGCAGUCGUGAUGAAUAUUCGCAGCGCUGCCCAAAGUUACUCACUCUCGCAGUUAGAGACACGCUGCAAAUUCGACGGUGUUUCCACGACAUCGAGUGAAGGCAAGAGCGGACGACAGUUUUGUGUCUUCCUCGUAAUACUCUGCGUAUGCGCUCUGGUUAUAACCGUAAUUGCGCUGACUGUGAUGAGGCACAGAGUCCCGGAAAUGCAUUCGGACACCUCUGCCUCGGAAGAUCGCGAGAUGAUGCACCGCUUGAGUUAUGAAGUUUUGAAACGGACGAAACAAGGUGUUAACGAAAUCGGGAGCGAAGAUUCGGAGAAGGUGACGCCGCGAGAUUGAGGUCGACCGUGUCCAGGGCCGCUAAGAAUCGAGGGAUCGCUCCUGCCUCCAAACAAUGCGUCAUCCGUUUCACUUCCUCAUCAGCUCAGAUCUUUGGUUCGGGUCG